AUAUUGAGAAUCUUUUCUUCCAAAAGGACAUGCGAAACAAGAGCAUAUAACAAGGUAACGAUCUAGUGAUGUAAUGAACACAUCCCGUACUUAAAUAAGAUACAAGAACCUUCCUCUUAUCCAUUCUUUCAGUCAGAUCAGAGAGAAAGAGUGAGAAGUCAAUAAUGCACGUGACUCACAACGAAGAAGCCAUGUGCGUUCCCUCACCACACGGCCACACACAUGUGCUAAUCUUACUCCGUCUAGAACAAGAACUAGGAACUGAUCAUGUAACUCUAGUUCUGUCUAAACGUAAAGCUAAGGAACACCAAACAAGAGUGUUUUUUUUUCCAAAAGAUUAAGAUGCGAGAAAAGACCUUACUGAUGUUGGCAAUAUUUUCAGUCUGUGUUCUGUUGCAUCUCCUCUACAUGAAACCUUCAACAUCUAUUGUCUCUGACGAUACGCCACCGGUCAAACCAAACGUGCCUAGUAGCAGUUUCUCGGAUGAAAAAGAAGAGCAGGAGUUAGAUCCGUUGGUACCUCCCCCUAAGGCUAACAAGAGGCAGAGAAUCAAUUGGUUCAGAAGCAAGCUGCCUGAGCUUGAGAUACUAAACUCAACAAACAAGAGCAAAAGGCUCCAUGAAAGAGUUUCGGAGUUACACAACAAGAACUGCUCAGCUCACUUCUUCAUGAUCUGGCUCUCUCCAGCAAAGUCCUUUGGACCAAGAGAGAUCUUAGCCGUCGACACUCUCUUCACCACCAAUCCCAACGCUUGCUUGGUGAUUCUCUCCAACUCCUUAGACUCACCUCAAGGACACACCAUCCUUAACCCGUUUCUUUCUCUAGGUUUCAACCUCGUCGCCGUAACGUUAGACAUCCCGUUCCUCGUCGAGAACACACCCGCAGAGCCUUGGCUUGUCAAACUAAAGAGCGGCGACAUGGAUCCAGGGUCCAUCCCUCUGUUCAUGAACCUCUCUGACCUAACGAGACUCGCGGUGCUCUACAAAUACGGAGGUGUCUACCUAGACACGGACAUCAUCUUCCUCAACGACAUAACUCGGCUGAGAAACGCUAUCGGAGUACAGACUUUGGAACAAGAUGCCAGGAAAUGGAGAACGCUAAACAACGCAGUGAUGGUCUUUGACCCUUACCACCCACUCAUGAGAGAGUUCUUGAACGAGUACGCUACAACAUUCAACGGGAACAGAUGGGGACACAACAGUCCUUACCUGGUCACUAGAGUUAUCAAGAGAUUAGGAGACAAACCUGAGUUCAAUCUCACGAUCUUUCCGCCGGGUGCUUUCUAUCCGGUGAACUGGCUUGACAUCCCGAGGCUUUUCAAGAAACCAAACACGACGGGAGAAGCAACAUGGGUGGAGAAGACGGUACAAGAAAUGAGCAAAGGGAGUUACAUGGUGCAUCUGUGGAAUAAAGUGACGAGAAAGAUUGAGAUUGAACAAGGAAGCGUGAUGCACAAGCUCAUCUCCACACACUGCACAGUCUGCAGAAAUAUCAUAAACUCUCACGCUUGAGUUCCAAGAAGAGACAAAAUAUUCAUUUCAUAUGUUUAUAGAUUCUCGUUUUUAAUUACAGUCUUUACACUUUUGCUUUAGGUUUUUUUUAUUGAUAAUCUCAAUUAGUUUCGUCUAAACAACAUCUCUAACAUUGACUUAAUUUCAUACAAGUUGAAAGUGAGGAUGUUUACAUAACAGCAAAGAGUCGCAGGCAUAAUAAAGCUUAUAAGACAAGAAGUCUUUUGUCCUAAUAGAGAGACUCGUCGAUCUUUGAUCUU